UUGAGGCUCAAAAAAUGGCUACCGACCUUGUCGAUGUCAAGAUGGUUGUUCAGCUCAAAACAUUUUUACAGUUGUUUUUAUAAACCUCAUUUGCCAAUUGAACAGUUUUCUAAUUUUGUUUUAACUAUAAAAUCUAGUCUGACAUCAACUGCAAAUUAAAAUUUUAGAUGUAAAGUUUAACCGACAGUAUAUAGAACUCAGAAGAGAGAUCACUUAGUCCUUUUGCUUGAAGAGGUGAUUAUCAAGCCAGACAACACUUUCAAAUUUGCUUCUGUGAGGAAAAGUGCUUUGGCUUCUUUAACUAUCAGAUGUGAUAAUGAGACCUAGUGGGAAGCGUGAUGCUGCAGUGGCUGCCAAUGCUGCUCUCAAAGAGAAAGGAUUAAGCCUGUCUGUCCCUUUUCAAUGGAUCUUCUUACUGCUUUGCUUUGAACAAAACAAACUGACCCUUAUAGAAUCUGGAAAGACUCCAAAGAAAGAUGUUGUCAAGACAGUCCCAAAUGAAGGAGAGGAAUCAACAUCUACCUCUGGACCAGGCAGUAGUGCCACAACUUCUAGUGUUGCAGACAAAGGGUGCAACUUAAAUACUGUGAAGACCAGUGACCCUUCAGUAUUGUCUCAAGAGGUUUUGGGGAAAAGUAAAACUUCUAUCACUAAGGCUGGUGUUAAUGUGAAGACCCAUAGUAAAACUGAGCCUAAAAUCACUAUCAAGACACCAGUCAAAGCUCUUACAAGAUCUACUACCAGAUCUCAGGCUGCUAAACAGAAGACAUUGCUUAAAUCUUCUGAUACUAGUCUUGUUUCUGGUUCAGAAAUCAUACUCGAGAGCAUACAACUAGCAGAAGAGCAAGCCCACAAAGUGGCUGUCAAGGAACCCUUAGACACAGCAUCUUCUAGUGGUGACACUAUUCAGUCUGAAACUGUGACCAAUGACUGGGCUGUUAUUGUCAUUCCUCUACCAGAUAAGAUUGAUGUGUCAGAAAUUGAGAUUCCACCUCCUUUGAAAACAGAAGAUGUACCCUUGCCAUUAGGCAGCCCAAAAGCUCCUGUCAGUAGCAGUCCUAAGGAAGAGAAAAAUGUUGUGGAAGAUCUCAAUACUAUCCUGUUACCAAAUAGCCCAACACCAGACAAAAGUGUGAGUGGUAAAGAAGUAACAGAACUUAACAAAGGCAGUGUUUCAUUUUCUAUCAGCAAGAUCCCCAACAAAAUCUCCACAGCACCAUCAGCAUUCAAUCAAGAUGACCUGGAGUCAGUAGAAGUCCUACCAACAAAGAUGCUGACACUUGUUGAGAGUACAGAAGAAAUACUAAAAAGUGGUCACAUUGUUACCAGGCAAACGGAUGAAAGUUCAGUGGAGCCAGUUCCCUUAUCUUCACCUGGUGCUACACAAUCAGCUAAUCCUCGUCUAUUAGAAAACUUUGUCAAAGUAAAACUAGCUAAAGAGCCAGUUGAAGAAAUUGAUUGGCCAGUGGAAACUAUCAAGUACACCAAAGCUAUGCCCCAAAUCCAUUAUAGUUGCAACCCUUUACAGUUUAAUUUCAAAGAGAUUUAUAAGACUACAGAAGCUCAUAGUCCCAAGGCUGCAGAUACCAUCCCAGAAACAGGUCAAUCUGAAGGUGUGAAAGAUGAUCUUGAGAAGGUGGCAACAGAUGAGGCUGGGGAUGUCAACAAGACUGAAUCAGUAGUUGAAGAGAAGGUGAAAGGGACAGAGAAAACCCACAAACCAAGACACAAACACUCCAGAAAAAAACACAAACAUAAGAAAAGUAGCAAAGCAAAAGAAGGAGAGUCAAAAGGAGAAGAAGUUAAAAAAGAGGAAGAUGGAGUAGAGAAGGCCCCAGAAGAGGAAGAGAAGGGUAAAGAGAAAAAGAAGAAAAGAAAGAAGCGAAAGAGAAGACAUAAGAGUAAAAAGAAUGAAACAGUCGAAGGUGUUGAGAAAGAAGGAGAAGAUGGAGAGAAUAAGAGUAAAAAGAGAUCGAAAAGGAAAAGAAGCCAUGCAGACAAAGAAGGAGAAGCAACUGAAAGCUCUAAGACUGAAAAGAAAGAAGGAAGUGAUGCUGUUGUGAAUGGGGACAAAGCUUCUUCAUCCAGAAGACACAAAAAACAUAAGAGAAAACACAGGAAACCAACUUCUAGAUCAGAGAAAGCUAGAGCUCAGAGUGCUUCAGAAAAAGCCAAAUCACUUAGCAAUAUUGAUUUAGUCAAUGCUAAGGAGCCAAAGGUAAAGAUUGAUUACAAUGAUGAAGAAGAAGCACAGGAGCAGCAUUCUGGUAAUGAACAGGAGGUCACUGGUGAACCAAAGAUGAAAAGAUUUAGACCAUCCAGUUCUAAGAAACGGCGAGCCAAAAAGAAUGCUGGACAUGAGCAGAUCCCAAGUGAAAACACAGGUCAGACUGAUGAAACACUUUCAUCUAAAUCUAAUAAAAAAGAAGAAGAAAAACAAGAGACUCCAGGGGCCAAAGAUUCUGUCCAAGUAAAAAAAGAGUUGUCAUGUGAAAAUGUUAGCAAAGAUGUGGCUAAGACUCCUAAUGGAGAUCUUUCAGCUGGUCGCAAACGAUCAGCCAGCAUAUCUGAUGCACUUACCCCAGCCAAGAUUGCUAAGUGUGAACAAACAGAAACGGAUAAGGACACGUGGAGCAAAAUGGAAGGGUUCUAUGAACAUAAAGAGGAAGGGGAGGGUACCAAAAGUAAAUGGGAUACCAGUGAAAGUGAAGGUGAAGAUGUUUUGAAGAAAACAUUAACCCCUAAUGGUCCCACGUCACUUUCUGAAGAUGAAAAGUCUAAACUGGAGACCAAGCCUAUAAAUGGCAAAAUAGCUUUGUCUAAGACUUUAAUAUCUCAGAGUAGUAUAAGUGGUAAUCAUGUCACAAAACCAGCUACUACUGGUCCUGAUCACAGCAAGAACAAAGUUGAUGCUGAUAACAACAACAAAGAAGUUUCUGUAACCUCCAACACUAAGUCUCAGCGAGAGUCAAGGAGUCACCGCCGCAGUAGCAGGCAUUCUAUUAGUUCUUCUGACUGGUCAUCCAGGUCUCGAUCUAGGUCAAGGUCUAACAGAUCUAGGUCUGACUCUUAUAGAAGUUACACAGAUGAAUCCAGAUAUAGUGAUGAUUCACGGUCACCUAGUCGAUCUUCUAGGAGUUAUAGUCGUAGUCGUUCUCGUCAUCGCCAUCAUCACAGGAGGUCAUCUUCUAGAAGACGCCGAAGUCAUAGCUACACCAGUCGCUCUAGUUCUAGCUGGUCACGUAGUCGGUCAUAUUCUCAUUCUAGAAGCUACAGUAGAUCCAUAUCUCGCUCUCACUCGCGAAGUGGUAAAUCUAGAAGCCCAAGAAGUAAACUGAGAAAAAUCUUGAAAUCUCCUGUCUUAACACCAUCUAUUACAACAAUAACUGUAGCACCAGUAACUGGCAGUACUGCAGGAGGUAAAAGUGGAUCUACAAGUGGGAUUUCAGGAGGGGCUGGUGGACCGCCAGAAGAUAUACCUCUACCUCAGAAAGAUUCGCCUACAUCAGCAUCAAAUCAGAAUGAGAAAGAGAAAAAAGAAGACACUGGCCUGAUAGAUAUUCCACUUCCUGAUACAGGGGACAAAACAAAGUCUGAUGUGAAGGAAGUCUCUGGACCUGGAACAUCAGUCACAUCUUCUAUCACUAACUGUGUUGCUGACUCAAUGGCUGUGACAACAUUGACCACUGCUACUCCUGAUGGAACUGUUGCUCCUACUGAUCCCUCAUUGGAGCAAGUUUGUGACCCUUAUAAUGAUCCAUCAUUCUUUGAAGACACCUAUGAUAGCUUUGACUUUGAAGGAUGGGAGUAUGACCAAAGUUAUGGGGAUGAGUGCCAGGAAGAGUAUGACUAUAACCAUGACCCAUAUCAUCAUCCACCAUUGCGACAUCCUGGUAUGCAUCCUCGCAUGAGAGGUCCACCAAUGCCAGGAUACAGGGGCCCACCUCCUAGGAUGUUUCAUGAUCCAAGGUUUGGACCUCGACCUGGCAUGGGUCCAAGAAUGGGACCUAAUGGACCUAUGGGUCCUAGAGGACCAAGACCACCGAUGGGUCCCAUGGGACCUCUAGGCAUGAGAGGUCCUAUGAGAGGACCUAGAGGCCCUCCUGGAAUGCGAGGCCCUCCUGGAAUGCAUGGUCCUCCAGGAAUGAGAGGACCCAGACCAGGAAUGAUGGGACCUCCAGGCCCCAUGGGACUUCGCCCAAGAAUGGGUCCCCCCCGCAUGGGUCCCCCAAUGCCUGGUCAGGGCCCUAGAUCUCGAAUGGGACCACCUGGUCCAAUGUCUGGCCCACCUGGACAGUAUCCACCACAAAGACCUGGCAUGCCUUCAUACCCACGAGGUCCAAAUGUAAGAAAUCCAUUACUUAACCUAAGUCAGCCCCCACCCAAUUUCCCAGGACCACCUCCAGGAACUUCUGCAGCAUCUGACUCUUCCAAAACAGACUCAGCUGAACCUCCUCCACUUCCCCCACCAAAGCCACCUACUCCACAACCUCCCCCUCCUCCAAAAAAGGAAGAAAUCAAACCUAUGGCACCUCUUAUUCCACCAGAACAAGCUGAGCAAUAUAGGAAACUGCAGGAGCAGGCCCAGAAACAUGCCAAGAAACAACAGCGCAAACAAGAACAUCAAGCCAAAGGUGAACCAGAGAGUAGUGAUGAAGAUGAAGAAGAGCUGGCCAAGAAAAAAGAGGAUGAAGCCAAAUUGGCCGCUGAGCAAAAGGAGAUGGAAGAAGCUGCACUUCAGGUGGUUGAAGAAGUGAGUGUUGAACCGGGCUCAGCCAUUUUAAUGCAAGCUACUCAGUCUCCCUUAGUUCAGCAGCCAACAGUUGUGAUCCCACACCAAGUGGCUGCAUCCCCUGCAACCUACGGCCUAGUGUCUACACCUCAUCUAGUCCACCCAGCUCACCUAGCUUCACAUGCAGCACAGCUUCAUCAUCACCAGCAGUUGAUGGCCUCAGCCCAACCCCAGUUGGUGCAGCUCCCCAAUGGACAGGUGGCCUAUGCUACACCAUCAAUCCCCUAUCAGGCUGGGGCUCCUGUGAUUGCCAUGCCUCACCCUGCACUUCAGGCCUCUCCCAUGGCCCAGCAUGUCAUGCUACCUCACGGUGCUUUGCAUCCUCACCAGGUGCAAAUGGCAGCACAUCCUGGCAUUGCUGUCACCAGUGCUCAGUAUGUCACUCAUAUGAUGGCUGCCCAGGCCCAAGCACAGGCUCAGGCACAUGCCCAUGCCCAGGCAGCCCAGGCUCAAGCUGCUCAACUGCAGGUGGCCCAAGCUCAGGCUGUUCAAAAUGCCCAAUUUCAUGGUCUUGUACCUGGCAUGCAUCAUGUAGCUAUGCCAGGUGUUCACCCUCAAGGACAGAUUAUUCUAGUGCCUAGAAUAGCAAGGCCACACAUCUAGACAACUCACCCCAAUUUGUUGACUGUAGUCUAUUUGUUGAUGUACUUGUUGUUUGUAAAUCUCACUCUAAGUAAUGUGAAGAAGUGGAUUGGCUAGUUCUAAUAUAUCUAGUGCUAAUUCAUUAGUUUGUUGUCAUAGCCAUCUAAAGUUGAAUCACCUAGUUGAGUAGCUUAAUGUUGGUAGCAAACUAUUUCUCUGACAAUGCUAAUUGAUGAGCGAAAUAUAAGUGCAAUGUAGAGUUGCUUGAUACAGAAUCCACAGGUUCAUUCAUUACCUUACUACAAAAUGUGAUAGUAGUUAGUCUUAUUUCUUUCCUUUCAGUUACUUGAACUUGUGUAUCAUGACCCUGUGAUGUAAAAAUCAUUGGUGAAAAAUUUGAAUCCCCCUUUCCAUUAUUUCUCUGCUUUUAUUUCCAUUUGUAUGUGUUUGCUUCUUUAAGAUGUUUGUGUAUAUAAAGAUGCAUUUCAUUUUAAUUUAUUGAUUCAAAUUUGACAUGUGUGUGAGUGUUAGUGACAUUGUCCAAGUGGUGAAAUACAUUUCGCUAGAACUUAACAAAUGUAUGUUCUUCAUCAGUCUCACUCCAUUGGUUGUAAUAUAAUGACACUGAUGUUUUGUAGUACAUGAUGUUACCACGUAAAUGUUGCUUAAAAAGGAUACUUUUUUUUGUUCAACUUUUUGUUUACAAUUGAUUUCACUAUUUAAUAAAACAGCUUAUUUAGGUUACAACUGUCAGGUUAGUCUACUAAUGUUUUGUCACUAUUUCCUGCUUCUAUAAAUGGAUGGUCUAAUGGUGAAGUCAGUCUCUUGAGUAUAUUUGUUGUGAAAUGAUGUUAUGUUGUGAUCAAUGUAGCCUACCUAAUGUCAGUUGGUGUGGUGGAGGAGUAUUGUCACUUUUCAGGGUUUCAUUUCAUUAUGGUAUUUAGAACAGUACUAUGUGUAAGAAAAUAUUUUUACCAAAAACAAACAAUAACCUUAAAAACAUUUGAGAAUUUUUGUGCAGAUUGACAAUUGUUGGUCUUCAUGUGAUAUCAUUAUUGUGAAACUUAUUCUUUAACAAAACUCAAUCUGGGCAUAUUUUAAAGACAUUUUGUCACUAGCCAUCUUUUUUAAUACAGGUAAGUGCUGUAUGCUACUAGCUCACAGAAAUUUUAAAAUGUUAUGUGUACAAAUAUUGCUUAUAAUCCAAUUGUCAGCCAGACCAGUAACUUUUCCAAGUCCACUUAAAUCACAUGCAACAAUCAGUCUGGUCAAAAAUGCUGUGCUGUAAAUUUUGUUUGAAACUGAUUGUCAGAUGUACAGGUUUGGUUCUUUGUGUAACCUGUACACUGUUGUGAUCUUGUUAUGUUCUUGAAAUAAAUAUGUUUUAACAAAGC